AUGGCGUUUUUCCACCACAGCCACGAAAGUGAAGAAGAGACCUCCGACCGUCGCCGCAGCAGCAGCAACUCUCUCCGCGACCUCCAAGCUCGAGCGUACGCCAAGUGGGUUGUGGCAGGAACAGUGAAGAAGAGCAGCAACCAGCACGCCGGCUUCGAGGCCGAACGGUCUCGACGGCAUUUUUGGCAGGAGGAGGCUGCCCGGUUUGGCAUCGUGAUGAGAACAUGA